AGAUUAGAGCGCGGUUUCGCGGACGAGAUUUCCUGCGGGGCGCGUCCCAUGGCGCGAACGCGUGCAAUUCAAAUCAGCGUCAUUUCAAAAGCGGAACAGGAGAUGGACGCGGAGGUUUGCCUCCCUUCUGGAAAACGUGUGUCGACAUUAAGAGUGAAAGAUUUGCAAAAAGAACUCCACAGGCGUCGGCUUUCUAUUGCUGGUAAAAAAGCAGACCUUCUCGCGAGACUUACUGAGUACAUUGUCGACUUUGAAAGCGCAUCAAAUAGCACCGUAGAUCCUGUGACUGUGAGUCCAGUCACAAGAGAAGAGCAGCUUCCAUGUGAGGUUUUUACAAAAUUGGAAAGAGUUACGAAGGAAAAGCUUAUCAAGAAAAAAGAGACUUCCACGAAACGUAGAAGUCAUACAAGAUUGAACGAAACUUUCGAAUACAUCGAAAGUGACGACGAAGAUACAACUCAAGUUAACUCUGCAGUCACACCCGAAACUAAAUGUGUUGCUCCCCUUGUCGAUGCAAGUCAUCGAAAAAGUAGCCGACAAUCAAAGGGUAGACGUUCAAAUGACGACAUAGAAAUGAAAGAAACACUAGUGGAUUCCACAAAUCUUCGUGAAGCAGUCCGUGCGCAAACACCUAUUAGUUCUAAGAAAUCACGACAGCCCAAAACUGGUGAUCAUAACGACUUCCUUACCGAUGAUGAGACCGAUCAUAAGAUAAAAAACAAAGCUAACUUGUCCGGUUCUCUUUCCGAUGAUCAAACUCAAGAAAAUCAUCCCAAGUCUGUGAAACACCAAGGUAGUGCCGAAGUAAAAGAAGUCUCUCCGAUGGAUGAUGCCGAAGAAAUUAUUACAGUAAUCGAGAAACGCGCAGAAAUCAGCACUCCAAAUUCCGCAAGUUCGCGGAGACUGCAGUUUUCAGCUACAAAAAGGACCCCGAAUAAAGUGAUACAUAGUGGGUUGCAAACGCCAAGUCCAGCAUCAGGCGGCAGAUCGCGUGGUGGCUUCGCCGCCCCAACAGUUGCUUCAGUAGCAAAAAGUGCUUCUAAAAAGGAACUGCUGGUUUCGGUAAAAUCGGACGCUUCGAAAAGCACCGUCGCAUUAAGUGCUGCAAAGACGCCUCAACCCAGCGUAUCGUCUGCUUCACGCUCAAUCAAAAAGCAAGAGAGGGGCAAUGUGACAGCAAAAUUUGCUCGUCAACAUGCUCGCCUUUUUGAACAUAUGGAAUCCAUAGAUGAUCAACACGAGAGACUUGCUAAAGAACACGAAAACAAUAUGAAAGCUGUGCCAAGGGUUGCUCAGCGUUUGGCCACUCCCAAAGCAUCGCGAAUCCCUUUACGCGAAGCUAACUCCGCCAAAUCUGAGAAGAAAACUGGGUAUGUGUUCGACGCUUCGAAAGCGAAAACCUCGGUGACUGAAAAUUCUUUCCGAUUCGGAAAAGUUGAAGAUUUCCGUCCAACUCAGAGCAAGAUCACCACAGCAGAUACGGUUGUCACAUCUUUUUCUUUGAAGAAGUCCAAACCUCGUGAUGAGAGAGACGUGAAAUCGAGAACAAAAACGUCGAGUAAAUCGAGAAGACCAAUUAUUGGACUGACGGUCCCAUUGAACAAACCUACUUUGAACCUUCUGGCUACUCCAAAAGGGAUGGCUCCGCCUCGUGCUCGCGAAAAGGUAACAUACACACCCCGACGAGGAGCACUUGGAGCUUUCGUAGACACCACAAAGUUGUCCGAUCGUGAAUAUGAACUUGCUGUUGCUAAUGGGCUGAUAAAGAACAGAAGCAGAGCAUCUGCGCCUGCAGACACUCGGAAGUCUCGCAGAGAAGAGAUUUUGGACCUAAAAAGAAAGCUUAAAAUUUGACUAUUUUUCCCCGCGUAUAUUGUAUAUACAUAUGCUUAGUUCCGCUUCCCAUUACUUACAAACGCCCAAUCCUAUACAUGUGCUACUUAUCCUGACAAAGCAUGAUUUUGUAAUGAAUUUUGGAAAUCAUCUGGCAUGAAUGUAGCGCUUUUAUACUAAUAUCAUGACUAUGAAAUAGUGUAGAUUAUGAAAUAUACUGGAAUGAAUGUCUGAGAUGUGCAAUUGUCAUUGUUGGGCUA